CAUCUAAAUUUCACAUGCUCUUCCUUCUAAUAAUACUUUUGCCCUUUUUACCAUAUUUGACAAAUUUUAAUCUCCAACGCAGUCUCUUUUACUCCGUAUUUGCUUUCCUCUGUUUCUCGGUUCAUUUUAUUGUUAAUUCUCAGUCUUCCCAAUUAGUCUUCGUUCUUGGUUUUUUUUCUUUCUGUUCAGUUGUCCCCAAUCUCGGUUCGCUGUCUACCAACUCUCACUAGCCCUCUUUUUCUUAAUCAUUAGGGCUUUGAUUCUAUCUGUUUGUGGGUUUUUCAAUCUCAAUCAUUUGGUUGUUCAGUUUUUGUCUUGGUGAGUUAUUCUGAUAUCUCAACUCUUCUUCUUAGGGUUGGCUCUUCAUUUUCAUUUUUCUAUUUGUUUGUUUUUUCAAUUCGCUGUUUUUGGGUUGUUUAAAUCUGGUCUUCUUCAUUUUUCUUAAUUGGAGUUUCGUAAGAUCUCAAUUCUUGAUCUUGGAUUUGGGUAUUGUGUUUCUUUAAUUUACUGUUUAUAUUAAUUUGGUGGAAUUCAAGCGAUGUCACAAGGGUAUGCAAUUGAACUUUACUUUGAUCCUGCACUCGAAAACCAGGUCUUGAAGGCCUGGAAUGUAUUGGCUCGUCGCCAAAUCAGUACUCAGCUCAUCGAAAUUGAAUCUAGACCUCACAUCACUCUCUUCUCCAGCCCUUUUAUCGACCCCUCAAAGCUCGAAAACGCCAUGAAAGCUUUCUCUUCAAAGCAAGAACCUUUAUCCCUAUCUUUCUCAUCCAUUGGAAGCCUUCCAAAUGACAACAAUGUUCUCUUUCUUGCUCCAACACCAUCACUAUCUCUCCUUCAGUUUCAUUCGCAAUUGUGCGAUGUGUUGAAGAAGGAGGGGUUGGAAAUUGGAGAGGAGUCUCGCCCAGAAUCAUGGAUUCCUUAUUGUCCUGUUGCUGAAGAAGUGCCCAAGAGUCGGAUGGCGGAGGCGUUUACUGUUUUGCGGGACAUGAAGCUGCCAGUUACUGGGUAUGCAAUGGAUAUUGGAUUGGUCGAGUUUUCGCCCGUUCGUGAGCUCUUCUCCUUUGUGCUCGGUAACACAAUUGAAGCAUGAGAUUUCAGGGGCUGAGGAAAACAGUAAAGAAAGGUGGAAGAGAUGCAUCCAAGAAUUGUUCAAUGGAAAUUUUGUUAGGUACUUAAAAUUGGAGGAUUCGGGUACUUUUUAUGAUGUCAAAAAACAUUUCCCCUUGGAAUUAUAAUUUUUUAGAUUACAAUGCCUUGAUAAAAUGCUGAUGGAUGGGUCUAGGAUGAAUUAGUCAAUUAAUUGAGGUAUGGAAGUAUAUGGGGAAUGAAGGGUGUCUUGGUUGGUGGUAUGUUUAGUGAAUUUUUUUAUCACGAAGAGCUGUGUUAUAUGGACUCCCCUAUUUUUCUCAAUUGACUGGUGUUGAUACGAUAUGACAUGGAUAUUGAUAUGGGAUGUGUUCAACGCAUAAAUCCAAAUUGGGCAUCAUGAUCCUCUAUUUGUAAUUAUGGAAGAAGAAGAAAAUAAAGGUCAAAUUUGAUAGCUUGUGAGAUAGAUUGAAACCUCUUUAACACGUAUAGCAUCUAAGUGUGGAGGACAUGUUUACUUACUCCUAUCUAACUUUGGCCACAUUUCAAGUGUAGUCCCCUGUAUCGGAUUUGGGAUCCAAGGAGAUCCGAGAUAUUGGCAUAUACCCCCAACCAGAUUUAUGUACUUGAGUCCAAGUAACAUAGAUGAAGAAUAAUAGUAGAACUAGAUUAAUAGUGGCAAAAUCAUUUAGUACCCACAUAUGUAAGAAAUAUAUUAGAGAUAUUUAAAGAUGCAAUGAAUUGGAGCAAAUCAUAGCACUAGUAAUAUGAUAUAGUGCAUGUAUGAUGGAUAUGCAAUGAGAAAAUUCAAAGGAGUUAUUUUCAGGUUUCAAUUACAGUUAACUGAUAUCUGGGGUUAACAAUUGGAUUGUAUCCUUUUUCUGAUAAAUAUUGGAUGCAUUUCCUUUUUCUGAUGUGUUCAAACUGAGAGAGAGAGAGAGCGCGACUGAAUCUGUAUUUCAUAUAAUAUAAUAAACCCUAAAACAAAAGAAAUCUUGUACUCCCCCUAUCCCAAAAAGAAUGACCCAACAUAAUGACCCUACCAACUAUACAUAAUUACAACAUGACCUAACAUAUAUAUAUAUAUAUAUAUAUAUAUAUGUUCUAACACUCCCCCUUAGGCUGGAGAAUAUAUAUCAUAUAAUCCCAGUUUGGAACAGAUAGUCUUUAACCGAUUAUGACCCAACGCUUUGGUGAACAUAUUAGCUAGUUGAUCCUCAGACUUCACAAAUGGAGUACAAAUGCUCCCACUUGAUAUUUUUUCUCGAAUGAAGUGACAAUCAACUUCAAUAUGCUUGGUUCUCUUACGGAACACAGGACUGAAUGCAAUGUGAACAACCGCUUGGUUAUUACAGAACAAUGGAAUCGGAGCUUUAACUUUCAACCCAAAUUCCUCUAGAAAAUGUUGUAUCCAUGUCAACUCACUAGUGGUAUGAGUCAUUGCCCUGUACUUAGCUUCAGCACUAGAUCGAGCUACUACCGUUUGUUUCUUACUCCUCCAUGUAACAAGAUUUCCUCCUACGAAUGUGCACUAGCCUUCAGUAGACCUCCUAUCUGAGGGAGAUCCAGCCCGGUCAACAUAUGUAAAACCUUCCACACUGAGAUGACCAUUCGAUUUAUAUAACAACCCAAAACCUAGAGCUUGCUUGAGAUACCAAAUAAUUCGAAAAAUAGCAUUCCAAUGUGGUACUCUAGGAGCUCCCAUGAAUUGACUUACAACACUAACUGCAUAUGAAAUGUCAGAUCGGAUGAUAUUGAGAUAAAUUGAUUUCCCAACUAAAUGUCUAUAUCUUCCAUGGUCAUCAAAUAAAUCACCCUCAUCAGACAAGAGUUUCAUAUUUGGAUCCAUAAGAGCAUCAGCAGGAUGCCCACCUAACAUACCUGUUUCUUUUAAUAAGUCCAACACAUAUUUCCUUUGUGAUAAACUUAUACCUUGCUUGGAUCUAUCAACCUCAAUACCCAAGAAAUAUUUAAGUUUACCUAAGUCUUUAGUGUGGAACCGAUUUUGCAUAAACAACUUCAACUUAGCAAUGCCAUCAGAAUCAUCACCUGUGAUAACAAUAUCAUCUACAUACAUGACAAGAAAUAUAAAACCAGCUCUAGUGUGCUAGUAAAAUACCGAAUGAUCUGUUUAACAUCUGUUAAGACCAAAAGCAAGUGCUGCCUUGGAGAAUUUCCCAAACCAAGCCCUUGGAGAUUGUUUUAAUCCAUACAGGGCCUUCUUUAGGCGACAUACAGCAUAACGAGACUCCCCCUAAGCAAAAAUCCAGUUGGUUGCUCCAUAUAAACUUCUUCAAGUAAGUCAUCAUGCAAGAAGGCAUUUUUCACAUCUAAUUGAAACAACGACCAGUUACAAUGGGCGACAAUGGAAAUAAGAACUCGGAUAGAAGAAAUCUGCGCAACAGGGGAAAAUGUCUCAUCAUAAUCAAUACCAUAAGUCUGGGUGUACCCCUUUGCAACAAGACGAGCCUUCAAACGCUCAAUAGAUCCAUCAUAAAGGUAUUUGACAGUGUAAACCCACUUACAACCAACCAGUUUGGAACCAGGAGGUAAGGGAACAAGGUCCCAUGUCCCAUUAUGAUGAAGAGCAUCCAUUUCAUCUACCAUGGCUUUGCGCCAAUCUAGAUUAGAAAGAGCAUCCUACACAGUCUUGGGAACAAAAGUGGAAGACAAUUUGGAUAAAAAAACAGGAAAAGGAGGGCGAAACAUAAUUAUAUGAGACAAAGUUAGAGAUAGGAUGUGUAGUAACACAAGAAUGAGUACCUUUGCGCAAGGCAAUAGGAAGAUCAUCAGUAGGAGGAGGAGCCUCAAUAGAAGUAGACAAUUGGGGGGAUGCUUCUUGUGGUCGUCUACUAUACACUUGAAGUGUCAGUGGUGGGACAGACUCAGGUGAAGUAGACACGACAGGCAAUGAAAGCAACAAAUCAGAAUUUAAAGACGAACCAUGUGAAUAGAAGUAAAGAGUGUCCUCAAAAAAGGUAACAUCCAUAUUCACAAAAGCACUACGAGUGCUAAGAUCCCAACAUUUAUAACCCUUUUGAGUUUGAGAGUAACCAAUAAAGACACAUUUAAUGGCAUGAGGAGACAAUUUAUCAAUGCCAGGACGUAAUAUACGAGUGAAGCGCACACAACCAAAAACAUGAGGAGUCAAUGCAAAUAACGGAUGAGUAGGAAAAACAAUAGAAUAAGGGCAUUUCCAAUUAAGAACGGACAAUGGCAUACGAUUAAUUAAGUAGCAAGCAGUUAAAACAUCAUCUCCCCAAAAUGCUUUUGGAAGAUGCAUAAGAAUCAAUAAAGUCCGAGCUAUUUCAAUUAAAUGUCUAUUUUUCCGUUUGUCGACUCCAUUUUGUUGAGGAGUAUAAGAAGAAGAAGUUUGGUGCAAAAUACCACGAGAGUCACAAAAUGUGGAAAUAGCACCUUUGACAUAUUCCAUAGCAUUAUCAGAUUGUAAAGUUUGUAUAACACAGCCAAAUUGGACCUCAAUUUCUUUAAAAAAUAAUUGAAAUAUGGAAAAAAGUUCAGAACGGUUUUUCAUUAAAAACAUCCAUGUCGUCCUUGAAUAGUCAUCAACAAAGGUAACAAAAUAUGAAAAACUUGAAUAACUGAUAUGACGAGAAGGACCCCAAAUGUCGGUAUGCACCAAUUCAAAUAAAGAAGACUGACGAUUAUCAAUACGAGGAGGAAAAGACACUUUAUGGUGCUUGCCUAAUUGACAUGACUCACAGUCUAAAGUUGACACCGACUCAAGAAAAGGUAGAUCAUACUUCAAGUGCCUCAAGGAGGGAUGACCUAACCGGUAAUGCUGCUGGCAUAUAGAAUCCUGUAAAUGGAGAGCAACGACACUAAAAGAUGAUUGGCAAUCCAAGUAAUAAAGGCCAUUCUUUUAAUGUUGCCACCUUGUCUUCUUCGUUUUGAGGUCCUGAAACACAAAAGGAAGGAUAAAAGGUCACAAAACAAUUAAGUGCUUGAGUUAGUUUACUAACAGAUAAUAAAUUAAAAGUAAAUUGCGGAACCAAUUGCACGGAAGAUAAUGAAAUGGAAGAAGUGAGUUUAACUGUGCUCUGACCAAUAAUGGGACGAGUUCUACCAUCUGCCAAAGUAACAAAAGAUGUGGAGGUAGACUUGUGGAAAUGAGAAAAUAGAGAUCCAUUACCCGUUAGAUGAGUAGAUGCCCCACAGUCGAGAACCCAAGAGGAGGAUGAGGUCUAUACAUCCGAAAAACAUGUAAUAUCACCUGAUUGGGCAAAGGUAACAACAUCAGCAAACUUAUGUUGUGCUUGGUUCAUCAAGGCUCUGAACUCGGCUUGAGAUAGUGUGACGGUGUCACUAUUAGAUGAACUCGAUGGCAAAACAGAAGCUGUGAUACCCCCGAAUUUCCGAAUGCGGGUUGGCCAGGCCCACGCCCGAAUACCCGAGGAUAUCAAAACAAAUUGAUAAUAAAUGAACACAGAGUACAAAAGAAUAAAGAAGAAUAAAUAAAAUGCUGACAAGAAACUAAAAUGAUAAUCUAAUAAUAAACCUCAUAAUAUAUUUCCAUUAAUUAAUAAACUCUUCUGAUACAACUGAUCCUCCAAAAUACAACUCGGGAAUCCAUACUGUGUGGACCCCUAGAAAAUCCAAACUAAACAAAUGACAGUAAUCUAAAACAGGAAACUGAAUCAUAAAGGAACUCCUAUGUAGUAUCGGAAGAAUGAAGUAGACUGAUCCCCGCUCAGCACGAACAACCUCUACUCGUGACGAACACCUGAAAAAUAAUGGUGGAUCAGGCCCACAAACAAGUUCUACUUUACUACAGUCCAAGCAGAGAUCCGAUACACGUAUACAUCCUAGUCAAUCCAACAGUAACUAGUAGUCCGUAUAUAUAUAUAUAUACACACUAAAUGAACCUCACUAGACUAUAGGGUUAUCUCAACCUGAAUAAUAGGCAACAUGCAAAACGCACAUAUAGUGGGCAUGAGUACCUAGAUCUACCAGGGUACACAACUACACUAUAUCUAGCUACACAUCCCUGGCGAUAUACGCGCCCUAAUCAUUGAUCCUGAGACUCAAGCUCAUAUCAUGGCACCAUACUUAUAUAUAUAUAAUCUAGUAACCAUCCUAUCCAGUAUAAAUUAAUCCUCCAUAAGUCAUUCAACUUGUUCAGCUGACCUGACUAGAAUAUAAGUAUGACUUAACAUUUUAGUUAAUCCAUUCUCAUAUAUAAUAAAUUAAUCCUUCAUAAGUCAUUCAACUUGUUCAGCUGACCUGACUUAAAUAUAAGUAGGAUUUAAUAUUUUAGUUAAUCCAUUCCCUUAUAUAAAAUAGGUAGGACUUAACUGAUAAGUUAAUCCAUCCCUAGAAUGCCACCGUCCCAUAUCGGUGCAUUAAACCACACAAUCCAACAAUUGAUGUAACAAUUAAGGAAAUACAUUAAACAUUUCAUAAAUAACUAUGAUAAAUAUAAUAUCAAGUUAUCACAUAAUAGGAAUGACUUAUUAUUUCUUUAAACUUCCUAUAUCAUAUGUCCUACACAAACUGAAUCUUAUACAUGAUGAUAUUUUAUUAUACCGUUAAAUAAGGAUUCUCUAUAUCCAAUUCAUCCUACACAUUUAAUCUCAAUUGCUAAAAUAUUUUAAAAGAUUAAAUCCAUUCGUUUGUUUAAAACAUUCAAAUAGCAAGCAUCAUUAUGAUUGAGUCUAUUUAAAUUUAUUAAAACCCAAACCUAGUCCUUAUUUAAUGUUCAGGAAUCCUAGGCAUGUUUCUACGUUCCAUCAUUCCACAGAUAUGAAAAAUACAUAAUUUAAACAUGUAAAAAUUCACAUAAGAAAUCAAAUCAAAAUCAUACAUUUUAUCAA